GCAAUGUGAACGACAACAGGUUUCGGCCGGUCAGAAACUACUUGAUGAUCUGCUGCUAUGACUGCUGAGUUGACGACUCAUUCUCUGAAUUGACUUUUCUAUCUCCUGUAGCCGUACAAGAGGAGGCUCAUCCGAGACUCCAUCAAUACCCCGCCCUGUUGCCAAGGUCUCCGGAUAAGCCUUCGAGUUCCUCCUGAUAGACGCUUGUCCACGCUUCCCUGUACCCACGAAGCCUCAACCAUACCUUCAGUCUACCGCACACCUAGAAGGAAUUGAUUAGCAGUUGAACUGCCCAGAGUCACUCAACAUGGAGACCCUCAAGGCGGUUUUCUUUGGUCCCGAUCCCCAAGCACAGAUGCGGAAAUGCAAUCAGCUCAUCCGUGCCAAUACUCGCCAGUUGGAUCGUGAUAUUUCCCAACUCAAGAACCUAGAAAGCAAAACACGACAGCACAUCGUGAGUGCAUCUCGACGAGCUCAGCGAAAUCCGUCCCAAGCGAAGCAGGCCAAUAUGGAAGCCAAGACUUUUGCGCGAGAACUUGUUCGGAUUCGCAAGCAAUCGACUCGUCUACACACCAGCCGAGCUCAGCUGCAGAGCGUUCACAUGCAGGUCAACGAAGCGUUUUCGGUGCGCAAGAUUCAAGGGAGCCUCAAGAAGUCGACGGGGAUCAUGAAGGAUGUCAAUACUCUGGUCCGUAUGCCGGAACUGACGGCUACGAUGCGACAACUGUCGACCGAGUUAGUACGGGCUGGGAUCAUUGAGGAAAUGGUUGAUGAUGCGAUCCCGAAUAAUGAAUUGCUCGAAGACGAGGAGGAUGAAGCGGAGGAGGAAGUCGAUAAAGUCUUGCAGGAGAUUCUCCAGGGCAAAUUAUCCCAGGUGGAAGGUGUCAGGCCCGAAAAGCCUCUGGAAGAAGCCCCGGAGCCCGAAGACGAGCUCGAGGACCAAGAAGCAACGCUUGCACAGAUGAGGGGGAGACUGGAGGCCUUGAAGAGCUGAAGAAAAGGCAUGCGGACACACUAAUGACUUAAAGAAGGUCUAAUGCAUGCGCUUCAUCAUGUUGUCUAUUUUCAUUCAUACAGUCUUAGAUGGCGUUCAAUUGGAUAGGGCGUGGCAGGGAGGGUGUUUUGAUCCGUUUCUGCUUUGAAUAUUUUGUUCUUGGGCAGGCCCUGGCUUCUAGUGCUUCUACUACACUGCGUUACCUUUACCAUAUCGGCAGUUCUGUGUCUUAUUCGACCGUGCGUUGUUUAUGAAUGCGACUAUUUCCAAUGUCACCAUACAUUACCAGUAUGGUCGGGUCGUUGCGCCUGUUAUCCUGGUGUUUGUUUGGGCAGCGGCAACCUUGGC